AUGGACAGCGCCGCUUCGUCCCCUCGCAAGGACCCCGUGAGGGCUCGUCCGGUGCUGGAGAGAGCGUGGCCCUCCACUUCGGUGGUGCUGUGCCGCCGUGCGACACCGAGAAACGGUCACCUGAGCUGGCGCGAGCGAUGGGUGCCGUUCUUCCGAGGCCUAGGCCUCGAGUCAGUGCUCUUCCUGUACACAAUCACGUUCGCCAUGCGCUUCGUAGUCACCCAGCAGCUGUUCAUCACCAAGUCGUGCCUGUCUGCCUACCCGGACGAUGUGUGCGCCACGCUAAGCCAGCAGAACUCCAGCGUGCGCGACACCGUCACCCGCAACGCCAACAUUCACAACCUUCUGCUGGUGCUCGCCGAGUUUGUUCCCGCCGCAGUGAUGUCAGUGUUCCUCAGCUCGUGGUGUGACAAGCACGGUAACCGCAUUCCUUUGCUGCUGAACCUGUGUGGUGCGUUUGUGCUCGACGCCGGCACCAUCGUCACUGUGCUGGUGUUUUCGGCGCCGAUGUACGUGAACGUGAUACUCGGUCUUUUGUGCGGCAUGACCGGUGGAUUGGUGUGCAUGACCGCCAUCGUUGAGAGCAACGCAUCGCGCUCGUCGCGCGAGGACAUGCGCGCCGUGAAAUUCCUGGUUGUCAUGAGCGCCCUGCUGGUGGGCGUCCAGCUGGGGCAGGUGAUCUCGGGCGAACUGUUCAGCGCGGGCGGAUACCUGCCCGUGUACUGCGUCUCCGUCGGCAUAGUUGUGUGCAGCAUGCUGGUUGUACUAGUGUUUAACGCCGGAACCUCAUCGUCGACGUCUCGCCUGAGCGACAUGCUGAAGGACCUGCGGAUGCAUAACUUCAAGGAGGGCUUUGAUGCAGCCUUCGGAUGGAGACCGCACGGACUCCGGCACCGCCUCGUGCUACUCGCCCUUUCCCUCGGUGUGAUACUCUUCAACGCAGAGAUUUGUUAG